UGACCCAUUCUUUAGGUCAUGGCUUGACAUGGUACUCGAGUGCCUUCUUAAACAGCACACUUCCAAGUUAACUUCGUUCACCGACGAAGUGCAACAACUUUAUUUAUUAGCACAAUAUUUUAAUGGGUUUGUCGACGCCCAAAUUCUUAUUUACAACACAAUAGCCAAGGCAUUCGAAAUGUCACGCUAUUGGCCGGGUGCAAUUGGAGCUUACGAGAGAAUUUUGACCUUACGGCAUAAUGAUUAUGAGACAAUCAUGGGAUUGGCGAGAACUUACGGCUUAGAGGCGCAUAAGGAAGAGUUUGUUAAGUACGCAUACCUAUCGGUCAGAAUGAAUCCCUACAAUUGGGAUUGGAUCUUAUAUAUCACCGACUUGUUGGCGAACGGAUUCUUUUCUCUUCACCAGGAGGCUUUGUCAAUCCUCGAUUUCGUCGUCAAUCAGUUUCCGAACGCGAAGGUCAGUUCCGGGAUGGAAAUUUACAACAUUCAAAAGAUUUACAAGUUUCGUGGCAUACUCAAAGAAAAACUUGGUGACAAGGUUGGAAUGUGUGCGGAUUGUUUAAACAUGAUUGCAAUUGGUUUCGGCGGUAAAACCUUGCCGACAUUAAUCGAUGAAUUAUUGUUGUCUAUCGGUUACAUCAACUUCAAUAUCAACAAUUAUCCGACAGUGAUGUUGAUACCAGAUUAUGUCACUUCAGCACUACCGGUCAUAUUGUUUCCUAAUUCCAAUGGCAUCAUUCCGGGUCACAAAGGAUUAACACUUAACGACAUGCUAUAUGCUAAGAUAGAACUCAUCAAUGCUUUACGAAUAUUAGCACUGGAAUUCGAAUUAGACUCACAGAUAAUUCAAGCUCAACUGUGGAGUGCGUCUCCCCUUCGAUCAAUUACCUUGUUAAUGCUUUACAUCGCAAUCGCAAUUAGUCCAUCGGCUCAACUUUGCCUUCAGCUCGCGAAGGUCUUGACAACCAUUCAAGAAAUAAUCUUAAUCGGUCCGCAAACCUUUGAUGGCACAGGUCUUGCCAUUGAAUACCUUAAGCUUG